AUUAUUAUGCAUUGAUCCCCUUCCAAAUGCAGUCGGAUUGUCUCCUAUCUUCUCUCUUCUCCCUCUCCCUCUCCCUCUCUCUCUCUCUCUCUCUCUCUCUCUCUCUCUCAGUUCACUAUAUAGUGAGUGUGGGGUUGUUAGUGGAUUAGUGAGCUUGGAGGAAGGUGCAGGUGAUCACUGAGCAGGAGACUGAGGUUCACAGCGCUGCUUAGUGUCCAGCUUUAAAUCCAGUUACACUGAGACUGGACUGAGGACAGGAGGAGGAUAAAAGGAGGACAGGAGGAAGUGUGUCGUUGAUUCGAUUAUUGUACGAGUUUCUGUAGGAACAGUGUGAUGUAUAAGUGUCUCUGAGGAACUGAACACAGGAGGAAAUGUUGACUUGUUGGUUGGUGAGUGAGGAGGAGAUCCAUCAUCCCAUCCAGCUCCUUCAUCAUCACACACACACUCUGGGGCGAAGUCCAGAAACUAAGAUCAAAGACCAGAAAUGCUCCAGACAGCAAGUGGAACUGAGAGCAGAUUGUAAGCGAGGGUUCGUCAGCGUGAAGCAGUUAGGCAGCAAUCCAUCAAGCCUGGAUGAUGUAGUCGUGGGCAAAGGCAACCAGGUGACCUUCAAACCCGGCCAGAAGCUCUACCUGCUCAACAGGCUUUACCCGUACACGCUGCAGUUCAGAGACGAAUCAACAUCUGGCUCUUCGCUCCUGGGGAGAAAAGCAGACCGAUGAAGAGACCACACCAGAGAGACACAGAGGAAGAGAAAAAUGAGGAGAAGAUUGCGAGUGUGUGAUAAAUCAUCAAGGGUUUGUUCUCCACAGGAAGGCACAGGUCACUGGAGUCAAGGUCUCAGAGUCUCAAUGCAGGACCCCAGCAUGCAGGUGUACAAAGACGAGAAGGUGGUGGUGAUUAAGGACAAGUACCCGAAGGCGCGGUACCACUGGCUGGUCCUGCCGUGGGACUCCAUCUCCAGCCUGAAGGCUCUGAGGUCCGAGCACGUGGAGCUGCUGAGACACAUGGAGCAGGUCGGAGAUCGCAUGGUGCAGCAGCAGAGUCCAAACAGGCUCCAUUUCCGUCUGGGUUACCACGCCAUCCCGAGCAUGAGCCACGUUCACCUUCACGUCAUCAGCCAGGACUUUGAUUCUCCAUGUCUGAAGAAUAAGAAACACUGGAACUCCUUCACCACGGAUUACUUCAUUAACUCUCAGGAUGUCAUCGCGAUGCUGGAGAGAGAUGGCCGCGUGAGCGUGAAGGACGGAGCCGGCGAGCUCCUGAAGCUCCCGCUGAGAUGCCACGUCUGCCGCGAAGAGCAAACCACCAUGCCCAAGCUGAAGGAACACAUCCGGACUCACCUGCUGUCCUGAGACCCGGGGACGAGGAACCGUCUCGGAGCUUUCGAGGAUUCCGGAUCGGAAUUCCGAGCGCGGUCACGAUUUUGGAAUGAAUUCGGUUGAAAUAAAAGCGACAGAGUUGCACAGAGA